AUCAAAGCACAAGAGCUAGGAGUUACUUGAUUAAGGAGAUAUACAUAUAUACAUUACAACAAUGGCGUCUUUCAAUUGCAUUGUCUUGGCUUUCUUCGUGGCUUUGUCAUUCUCAAGCUUGAAUGUUGGCCUGGCUGCUCGACGUCUUCAACAGCUACCGCCUCUGCCUACAACAAUACUGCCACCAUUGCCAUCGACUCUCCCGCAGCCUACAAUUCCAUCCAUACCCAGCACACUUCCUCCGCUUCCUAGCAUUCCUACAACAAUGCCUCAACCCAACUUGCCUACUCUGCCUACCGCCCCAAAGGUCACUCUGCCUCCAUUGCCUAGCGUUCCAACAAUUCCUCAGCCUACCCUGCCUACUCUACCUACAACCCAGCCUCCACUCCCUAGCAUUCCAACAAUGCCCCAGCCUACUUUACCUGUUGCUCCAAAGGUCACUCUACCUCCAUUGCCGAGCAAUGUUCCCUUAAUCCCCACAAUUCCGUCACUUCUCUCCCCACCACCCUCAAACUAGCUACAUUGAAAUGGUGUGAGCACACUAAUUUCAUUAUCCACGUCGUAUUGGGAAGUCCUCUAUGGAUCUUUCUAGUUCCUUGUCCUCUAUAGAUCUUUCUAGUUCCUUUGUGGGGCUUUGAUUUAUUUUGAUUGGGUCGCUUUCAUUUCAUGUAUGAUCAUUGCUGUUUGUUCUUUUCCUAUGUCUUCCUUUAAUGUCAUUUUCUAAACACUAGGGAUUGAGUUUUGUUACUUUUAUUUGCAUUAUUGUAAUUUCCUUAUAUCAAGUAUUGUAUGAGU